AUGUCCGCAUCCAUGCCAGACAAAUUCUCAGCUCAUGAGUGUUCUGAUGCGCGCCGCGCUGAUGACUAUGCACUCGUUCAGCUGCCACACCAGCCACCCUCAGUCUGGCCUAUCGAUACUGCAUUCCCUAGAAGGAACGGUGCACCAGUGGCAGCCGCUGGCCUCCAGCCACGUAGCCAAGCACGCCACCCUCCUUUCAUCCUUCACCAUAUUCUCGCCGCACAUCCUUGGGACACCACAAAGCCGCCAGUACACUGGGACAUGGGCUCGGAGCCACGCACCUUGCUUCUCAACCAGCCUGGAUGGCGACAUGAUAGCCUCAACGCAACCGGGAUGCAAUCCUGCGAAAUAGUUAAAAAUAUCAUGAACGAGCGCGCCAUAGCGUGUUGUGCUCUGGGCGAUUGGCCCCUAGUUGGGCGAUGCUUUGCGUCUUUACGGUGUUACAACCUGAGUAUGGGCCGCCUCCCGUGGGAGUGGACAGUUGGCCAGGUCCUCGACGCUCUCCGCGCGUAUUUUCUGCACGGCUCGACCUCGCAAGUCAAGAAGGACCGUAAGGAUCGCACUUUCAGGUUCAUCCCUGCUAUUCCGGAUUACGACAAUGCAAUGGAUGUGAUAGGCUUGGGUGGCGAGACGACAAAGCGCGUCAAUCUUUUAUGGAGGUGCAGCUGCUUCCAUGGAUUAGUGAUUGAAACACAAACCGACAGGGAGUGUGAUUUGAGGGUACUGGUUGGCCCUCAUAGGAAUGGUUCAAGAGCCGUUGCACAGUAG